GCUUAAUGCUAAAUGUAGAGACAGUCUUCCUCGCUCAGUGACAGCUCAAUUUCCUUCGUGUUUGUUUAUUUUUCCCGUCACAUUUCGGUCCCGCUCUGUCUUCCUUAUGACGCCCGUCAUCCCCGUCCUGUCCGCUGUCUCGCUGGCGCUUGUGUCUCUGUGUCCAACCGCCCUGUGCGCGCGCAGAGACGUGCUCGAGCUCGGGGACGCGGACUUCGACUACCUGGCAACGGAGCACGAGACCAUGCUGGUGAAGUUCUACGCUCCAUGGUGCGGCCACUGUAAGAAACUGGCUCCAGAGUUUGAAAAAGCAGCGGGUCGACUGAAAGGAAUCGUUCAGUUAGCAAAGGUGGACUGCACUGCUAACUCUGAGACCUGUGGUCGUUUUGGCGUCACUGGGUAUCCGACUCUGAAGAUCUUCAGGUCUGGGAAGGACUCUGCUCCGUAUGAUGGGCCUCGCUCUGCAAGUGGGAUCUACAACUACAUGACGAAGCAGACCGGUCCAGACUCACUCCACCUAAAGAGUAAAGAAGACCUCCAGAACUUUGUCAGCAACUACGAUGCCAGCAUUGUCGGUGUUUUCUCAGGUACCGAUGCGCCGCGUCUGGAUGAGUUCCUGAAGGCGGCCGGUCUGUUGAGGGAACAGUUCAGGUUUGCUCACAUCACUGACCUGCAGGUCGCCGAGGAGCAAACCCAAACCGAGAGCGUUUUGCUCUUCAGGCCUCCCAGACUGGCCAACGCCUUUGAGGACAGUGUCGUUGUCUUCACGGAUUACCUGACCAUCAGCUCUCUGAGACGCUUCAUCAGAGACAACAUCUAUGGUCUCUGUCCUCACAUGACUAUGGAGAACAGAGACCGCCUCCGGGUUCGUGACUUGCUGACUGCGUACUACGACUUGGACUACCAUCACAACGUCCGAGGGUCAAACUACUGGAGGAACAGGGUGAUGAAGGUUGCCUCCAAAUACAGUGGGCGUGGCCUAAUCUUCUCAGUAGCCAAUAAGAGGGACUUCCAGGCGGAGCUGGAGGACGACUACGGCCUGGGGACGGCGGACGGCGGCGAGCUACCAUUUGUCACCAUCCGGACCAAACUGGGCCAUAAGUACACCAUGAGGGAGGAGUUCACGAGGGAUGGCCAGUCGCUGGAGCGGUUCCUGGAGGAUUACUUCGCAGGUCGUCUGAAGCGUUACAUCCGAUCAGAACCGGUACCGGAGAAGAACGCCGCUCCUGUGAAGGUGGUAGUUGCCGAGUCGUUUGAUGACAUCGUUAACGAUCCAAAUAAAGAUGUUCUGAUCCAGUUUUACUCUCCGUCGUGUCCACACUGCAAGAAGUUGGAACCGGUUUACAGGGAGCUGGCGGAAACGCUGUAUUCUAAUCCAAACGUCGUCGUUGCCAAGAUGAACGCCGUCAAUAACGACGUCCCGCUGGGAUACGAUGUCCAGGGCUUUCCAACCAUUUAUUUUGCUCCAGUGGGUAAAAAAGAUGAUCCUGUUCGAUACCAGGGAGCUCGGGAGCUGAAGGACUUCUUGAAGUUCCUGAAACAAGAAGCGAGUCACAAUCUGGUGCUGCCCGGGUUUAAGGAGGAACUGUGACAUUUGUUUACCCGUCGAUCUUAACCGAGAAAGAAUAAAUCACGAUGUCAGUGAGAAACAAAGGGACAAAGUUAGUUCUGCUCUCUCUGACGGACCUGAUGUAGAAUCAGUGAACCUCCACAGAACCGAGUCUGCCCACAUUUCUUUCUUUAUGCCCAAAAUAACUUCUUAUGUUGCCUCACUAGAUUUAUUUAUGUAUUUAUUUAUAUUUGAAGCCAUCACAUAUGCAUUGGGUUUAUUUUUUGUAUUUUAACCCAAGCUGGAUGCUAUAUUUAUUUAUUUAUCAUGUGUACAAUUUGUAUAUGGUGCUUUGAUGUAUUUAUUUAUAUUUUACGAGAGACUUUAAGCUUCUUGACAAACUAACAGAUGUGAUGAUACUGAUCCUGAACUCCGCUCUGAGCCUUUUUACUCUGUAAUCUCUGCUGGGACUGUUUAAUAAACUGUUAACUCACAUCUGGCUGUUUAAAUAAGAGCUUGUGUACUUCUUAAAUGAGUGAUAGCGUAUGAAAAUCUGUUUUAAAAUUUUUGUUAUUAUUAAAUGUGAAAAUAAGUCU